GCACGUGGGAUCUUAUUGUGAAAGCUCGUGGCGGAAGUGGUCAUAGUCUCUCGUUCACGGUUUGGCCGUACGGAGCUCGUGCUGCUCUCGUGCUCCUGCGCGGUCGCGGAUGCGCGUGGAGCGGUGACGAAUGGGAACCAGGAACCGGAGAGGAGCCUAUAAUGAGACCGCUGCUGUCGCGCUGCUCGGCUGGCUAUUUUCUGAAAACUUUAGCUACAUUUCCAGCUUCUGGACACAACCAGGUCACACAAGCAGCUGCCGUACACCAACUGUAUUUACGACAAAACAUGCACUAUCUCACAGAAGAAAGAGGGCGCCCCAAUGCACCCGACUACCGGAUUUAUUUUAAAACCUCAGAGGGAAAGUACAUUUCUCCAUUCCAUGACAUCCCACUUGUUGCAGAGAAAGAAGUGGAUAAUGGCGUUCCAGCAAAGAAGACAAAGAAGAGUGACUCAGAGGUGCUUUAUAACAUGGUUGUGGAAGUACCUCGAUGGUCAAAUGCCAAAAUGGAGAUUGCUACAAAAGAACCUCUAAAUCCGAUCAAACAGGAUGUAAAGAAAGGGAAGCUCAGAUACGUGGCAAAUAUCUUUCCUCAUAAAGGUUAUAUUUGGAACUAUGGAGCUCUCCCACAGACGUGGGAGGAUCCAAACCACACAGACAAAAAUACAGAGUGUUGUGGUGACAAUGACCCUAUAGAUGUUUGUGAUAUAGGCUCUCAGGUGUGCCGUCCAGGUCAAGUGAUCCAAGUCAAAGUGCUGGGGAUCUUAGCCAUGAUAGAUGAAGGUGAAACAGACUGGAAGGUCAUUGCCAUCAACGCUGAAGACCCAGAUGCUCAAAACCUCAACUCCAUAGAAGAUGUUCGUAAGAGCCGACCUGGUCACUUAGAAGCUACAAUUGAAUGGUUUAAGAAGUAUAAAGUUCCAGAUGGCAAACCUGAGAACAAGUUUGGAUUUGAUGGGCAGUUUAAAGAUAAGGACUUUGCAGUUGAGAUAAUUAAAUCCACCCAUGAGCACUGGAGGGCACUAGUGCACAAGAAAUCUGCUGCUGGGGACAUCGACUGCAAAAAUGUGUCCUGCUGCGAUAGUCCUUUUAUAUGCAGUGAUGAAAAAGCGAACGCUGUGAUCCAGUCGGCACCUGCAUUUGGCAGUGCUCUUCCUGUGUCUCCAGAUGUGGACAAGUGGCAUUUUGUCUAGAGGACCAAGAGCAAGUAAAGCCAACAGCACCAACGUAAUCAGUAUCAGGUAUUCAUAGUAAGAGCUACGGCUGUUGGUAAGAGACAAAACUGUGUAAAGUGCCAUAUACUACACCUUUUCAGAAAUCAUUGAGCACAUGAGCAGAUAUUUAUAUUAUUAAAAAUCAUACACCAAUUAGUUGUGUUGCUGGCUGGCGAACUUUAUAAAUUGUGUUAUGUGAACAAUAUACUAUGUUUUAUCUGCCUGAUUUUGUGAACUUUUUUUAUUAUUUUUAUCUUGGGGACAAUAAAAAUCUUAAAGUUAAA